CAUAUACAGAAAAUGUUUAAUUAAAACAGUCAUGCUCUGCAACCUGAUCAUCAGGUGUGCAGUCAUUGCCUCAGCAGCACAUUAACUCAAAGCGCGGCCCGCCGUUGCUGCCACUCCCGACUUCCUCUCCCAGGAGCGAGAAAAUGCCGGCUAUACUUUUAUGGAAAGUGGGAACCAAGAAACUACUCGUAGCAAUGGAGUAUGCCCUAACGGUGCACUCCUUGUAUGCCUCCACAUGUGUGAGGUGUCUUUCGGCGAUGGGGAGUGGUGCAGCUCGGGAAGCGACAACCCCGGUGCCAUCGAGGUCCCUGGAUCUCAGAGUGGACUUACGGGCGCAGCUGCGUGCAGGCGCAGCAUCCCAAAGCUCGCUCUUCGCUCUUCUAGUGACCGCGGUGCGCGCUGACUACGCCGUCCUGGUCCCGGCGACUGCGCAGCGCGAGCACCCCCGCGGCCCCUCCCCUGGGCGCGCGCGCGACCUGGGCGCCAUGGCGGCGGCGGCAGCAGUGCAGCGGCCUGAGGCUGAGACAGUCGAAGAGGCCUCAGAUCCGCAGUGGCCACUGCCGCCAGAGCAUCGCCCUUCCGUGCCAGCGACCCGACCAGGCGAUGGCGAAGAGGCACCGGUGCGGCCACUGUGCAAGCCACGGGGCAUCUGCUCCCGCGCCUACUUCUUGGUGCUGAUGGUGUUCGUGCACCUGUACCUUGGCAACGUACUGGCGCUGCUGCUCUUCGUUCACUACAGCAACGGGGAUGAGAGCACAGACCCCAGACCCCAACACCAAGAGGAGAGCCCACAGUCAGUGCCAACCUUGGGUCCCCUCACUAGGCUGGAGGGCAUCAAGGUGGGGUAUGAGCGGAAAGUCCAACUGGUCGCAGGCAGGGAUCACUUCAUCCGAACCCUCAGCCUCAAGCCAUUGCUUUUUGAAAUCCCGGGCUUCCUGAGUGAUGAGGAGUGUCGGCUCAUCAUCCACCUGGCACAGAUGAAGGGCUUACAACGAAGCCAGAUCCUGCCCACCGAAGAGUAUGAGGAGGCAGUGAGCGCCAUGCAGCUCAGCCAGGUGGACCUUUUCCAGCUGCUGGAUCAGAACCAUGAUGGUCGCCUGCAGCUCCGAGAGGUCCUAGCCCAGACUCGCCUAGGAAACGGCCGGUGGAUGACUCCAGAGAACAUUCAGGAGAUGUACGCUGCGAUCAAGGCAGACCCUGAUGGUGAUGGAGUGCUGAGUCUGCAGGAGUUUACCAACAUGGACCUUCGCGACUUCCACAAGUACAUGAGGAGCCACAAGGCAGAAUCUGAUGAGCUGGUGAGGAACAGCCACCACACAUGGCUCCACCAGGGUGAGGGUGCGCACCAUGUCAUGCGUGCCAUCCGUCAGAGGGUGCUGCGCCUCACUCGCCUUUCCCCGGAGAUUGUGGAGCUCAGUGAGCCACUGCAGGUUGUUCGAUAUGGCGAGGGAGGCCACUACCAUGCCCAUGUGGACAGCGGACCUGUGUACCCAGAGACCAUCUGUUCCCAUACCAAGCUGGUAGUCAAUGAGUCUGUGCCCUUCGAGACCUCCUGUCGCUACAUGACAGUGCUGUUUUAUCUGAACAACGUCACUGGUGGGGGCGAGACUGUCUUCCCUGUGGCAGACAACAGGACCUAUGACGAAAUGAGUCUCAUUCGGGAUGAUGUGGAUCUCCGCGACACUCGAAGGCACUGUGACAAAGGGAACCUUCGUGUCAAACCCCAGCAAGGAACUGCAGUCUUUUGGUACAACUACCUGCCUGAUGGGCAAGGUUGGGUGGGUGAAGUGGACGACUACUCAUUGCAUGGGGGCUGCCUGGUCACCCGCGGCACCAAAUGGAUCGCCAACAAUUGGAUCAAUGUGGACCCCAGCCGGGCACGGCAAGCUUUGUUCCAGCAGGAGAUGGCUCGCCUGGCGCGGGAAGAUGGCGCCGACUCCCAGCCCGAGUGGGCCUUGGACAGGGCCUACAGUGAAGCCCGCGUGGAGCUCUGAUGCGAGGCCCAGAUGCGAGUCCCCCGCUGACCAACGUCAGAGACCCAGCAGGUCUUCUGUCCUGCCGCAGACUCACGUUCUGGCCGAUCUUGCCCUACCCUCCCUGUCUGCAGCCGCGAUGAAAGGCGCAGUUCCUCCAUUUCACGUUAUUUAUUGGUGUACAGCCUCCUCGCUGCUCCAUCAAAUAAAUCCACAGGGCUUCGA